ACAGAAGGAGGAGGUGGAACAGAAGCAGGAGAGGGUGGAACAGAAGCAGGAGAGGGUGGAACAGAAGCAGGAGAGGGUGGAACAGAAGCAGGAGGUGGAACACAGACCAGUAGUGAGGAUCGUGUACCAGGUGUGUUAUUGACUAGCUGGGACGCCCACCUGUGUGCCUCACUGCCAGUCCUCACAAGCUUCACGGGAGUACUUACUGACCUGACCAUGUGUGCCCUGAUACGACCCUUGGUGGAGGAGGCUUCUGGUACCGUCUUUUUCUACACUACAAACAACAUGUUUAUGAUGACAGAGAUAUACAAGUACGAGUUGAGGUUGACUGUACGACACAACCAGUUCGUGUUCAACGCCAGACUCCUCCCUGACGCCUGGAACCCUGUGUGUGUCGGCUACCACUCCGGGUACACCCAGGUGUGGGCCGCCCUACGUGGAGAAUUUCUGAAUGUCAAAACCGUGCACAGUGUUGACUACACCAGGAGGGGCUACAAGCUGUGUCUAGGGGCGCCUCUCAGGGACACCAAGACUCCCACCUUCGUCGGUGAUGUGGCCGCCGUGUUGGUGGUGGCGGAGUGGCCUCGCCUCAAACUCCCUAACCUGGCCACCUGCGACACUCUGGUCUCUGAUAGUGUGGCCUCCUCCAUCCUGGGCCACACCUGGCGGGGUGUUGGACACCUCUUGAGGGUUGACUACAACCAAGAGGAGUUCUGCUCAGGGGGUAGCCACACCCACUGGGUGAAGGUGCCUGGUGGCUACACCAAGACACGGGACACCUGUCAGUCACUCGGGGGACACGUCGCCACCCGUCAAGAAGCGACCUAUGGCCGGGUGACGGUGGCAGAUAAGACGUGCAUCACAGACGACCUCCACGUCUCCUGGCUGGGCCACGACCACCAGGACCCCGGACCAUUAGCAGCUCGGUGCCCCACCUUACUGGUGAACGGGACCAUUGGUUCACGGUCUUGUCUUGACGACCUGGAGUGUAGUGUGUGUGGGGCUCCUGUGUGGCUGAGGUACACUCUUUACGGUGACGUGCCGCAGUUUGACCGAUACUUCUUCUUGAGGACACUGUCUGACGGCAGUAGUUACUUCCAGGGUGUGGACACUUCCCAGAUCACCCUAACAGAUGGUUGGUGGGUGUUAAGUUCCCGUGUCCACCGUCACACCUGGCGGCUGACCUCUGACCCGUGGCCAGUAGGACGACACCUCUGGUACUGUGGCCAUACCACCACCACCCUCACCCUCACCUCCUGCACUAUGGCCCAGUUCUCCUCCCAUAGUGGCCACUGUCUCCCAAGAUCACGACGGUGUAACAGUAUCCACGACUUCCCAGACGGCAGUGACGAAGAGAGGUGUCAAGAGAGGUUAGUGGAGCGCCCCCAUGAUUACGACACUCUCACACCACCAACCAAUAGCAACAACGAGCCUAUACAAGUAUCUUAUAUGUUCACCGUGAACAACAUCCAAGAAAUCUCCACUACGCCUGAGACAGCUGUUGUUGACAUGACCAUUACUCUCUGCUGGCACGACCCAAGACUUCGUAUAUGGGACGGCCCGAGACUUACGGUGUUCCCUUGCUCGAGAAUCUGGUACCCUGAAGUAGGUGGGCGGGCAGGUGACGGCACAGGUGGAGAGAUCAACUUGAGGGUGGAUCAAAGAGGCUGUUACGUGAACGACCUCAACACCAGAUACGACCUAAACGACCCUCUUAUGGGUAGAGUGAGGCACGGGGCGGACACACUCAUCUAUAUGAACCAACAGUUACGUCUCAAAUCGCCGUGUUAUGGUGAGCCUUACCUCUACCCUUACGGAAAUUAUGAAUGUAACGUAUCCUUCUACAUGAAAUCCUUCAAUAUGGAGGAUAGACUACAGGCACAACAUCCUACAGGAAGAGUUAACUACGUGAGUAAGACGAGGCGGCUCCUAGGGUACCGGUUGCUGGGUAUAACCUUUGAGAAUGAGAGUUCUUGUGGCACCCUCACCGUGCACCUCAGGAGUGAGUUUGAAUACCAUAUACUGAACACCUUGGCUCCUAGUGUUCUUGUGGUGAUCAUCUGUUACUCCAGCCUGUUCUUCCCCCUCGGGUCCUUCACCGACAGGAUCAUGGUGUCCUUAGGAGCGCUGUUAGUGCUGGCAGCUCUCUUCUCCCAGAUCUCAGGUUUCUACGUCAGUACGCCCUACUACAGGCUGUUAGACAUGUGGUACGCCUCAUUGAUCAGCCUGUGCUUCAUCAUCGUCAUGGUUAACAUGAUGGUGAACUGCCUGCAGCAGAAGAGGACCCAGCACACUCUCUACUCUCUCGUCUCCAGCAGAAGUGAACAGGACGCCAGCCAAGAGAGCCUCAGGUCACCACCAGAGAGAGGCGCUCACCUUAACAUGGCGUGUAAAGUCCUGCUGUUGGCUUUAUUUACAGCUGGUGCAGUCAUCUUCACGCUGUUGGCAACCAAUGUUAUAUGAUCCUCUCU